AUGAAGCUCAACAUUGCCAACCCGACGACGGGGCUGCAGAAACUGAUCGAGGUGGACGACGACAAGAAGUUGCUGCCCUUCUACGAUAAGCGCAUGUCAGUCGAGGUGUCGGGCGACUCGCUCGGCGAUGAGUUCAAGGGCUAUACCUUCAAGAUCUCUGGCGGCAACGACAAGCAGGGCUUCCCGAUGAAGCAGGGCAUUCUCUGCAACCAUCGCGUGCGUCUCCUGUUCAAGAAGGGCAUGUCCUGCUACCGCGAGCGCCGCGCCGGCUGCCGCAAGCGCAAGUCCGUCCGCGGCUGCGUCGUGGGGCCCGACCUGGCAGUCCUCGCGCUCACGCUGGUGAAGAAGGGAGCCGAGGAGAUCCCGGGGCUGACCGACGACCAGAAGCCGCGCAGGUUGGGCCCGAAGCGCGCUUCCAACAUCCGCAAGCUGUUCAACCUGGAGAAGAAGGACAACCCCUGUAACUUCGUGGUUCGCCGUGCGAUCGAUCGCGCCGAGGGUAAGAAACCAAAGUCCAAGGCCCCCCGCAUCCAGCGGCUGGUCACGCCCGCCCUGCUGCAGAGGAAACGAUACUUCAAGUCCCAGACCCGCAAGAGGAUGGAGCAGGCCAAGGAGCAGAAGCAGACGUAUGCCAAGCGACUCUCGGAGUACCGGCACGAGCAGAAGGAGGCGCGCGCCGCCGAGGUCGCCAAAAAGAAGAAGGAGAAGGUGGUUGCGCUGGCAACGCCGCUGCUGCUCCUGUCCUGCGACCUGCGCGCGGUCUUCGGCAGCGACACGCGGCGGCUGCUGCUGGCCUUCCUCCUGGCGGCCUGCGGCACGGCCCUGGGCGCCGCCCUGGGGGCGCUCGGCCUGCGCGGCGCGCUGGCCGCCGCUUGCGGCGGGUGGCCGCGCGCCGCGGAGCUCGUCGGCGCCCUGACCGCAAAGAACGUGGGCAGCGGCCUGAACUUCAUCGCCGUGUCCGAGGCGCUGCGCAUCCCGCGCUCGCUGGUGGCCGCCGCGCUGGCGGCGGUGGGCUGUGCGGUCCUCAACUUCCCGCUCGCCUCCGCCCUCACGCCGCCGAGCACGCCCAAUGGCGAGGGCGACGCGGGCCCCGCCGAGAGGGAGGCGCCGGGCGCCGAAGCUGCCAGCGCGUGGCCGCGGGCGCUGUGGACGUCGCUGUUGGCCGUGGCCCUGGCGGCGCUGGCGGCGGCCGUGUCGCCUGCCGGGGGGGCGUAUCUUGUGUCUACCGCGCUGGCCGUGGCGGUCGCCAGCAUCCCUGGCGCCGCGCCGCUCUGCAGGCCUGGCGAGGCCCUCGGCAUGCCCCUGCUGUACCUGUACUUCGCCUCCGCGGGCUUCACCGCCGGGCGCCUGGACGGCCUGCUGCGGUACGCCCCCCUGGUGGCCUUCGGGCUCUGCCUGUACGCGGGCCACCUGGCGGUCGUGCUCCUGGCAGGCCGCGCCAUGGGCUUCGGCCGCCAAGAGCUGAUGAUUGCGAGCUCGGCGAGCAUCGGGGGGCCAGCCACGGCGCUGUCGCUGGCGCUCGCAAAAGGCGCGCGGCGCAUGGCGAAGCCGGCGCUGCUGGUGGGCACGCUGGGCAACGCGGUGGGAACGGCGGUGGGCCUCGCGGCUCAUCGCGCGCUACUCGUGCUCGGAUCCCCGUGA